CCCCCGUGACACAGCCCGGCGGACGACUCGAGGGUGCACAAGAAGGGGGAAAGCCCCGCGGGGGCUCUAGGGAGGCCGCAAGGGCAGCUAGUCCUCGGCUCCCCCCGCCCAGCGCAUUGGCUCCGCCCAUGAUGUAAGACCAUUGACCAGCCUUGACUAUAAAAGGGCGGAGGCGCUAAGCCUUACUCCACAGCUGAGCGCUGCAGAGUGAGCGAGAGGCGGGAGACGGAGCGCAGACCCGCAGCCGGCAGAGACCCGCAGCCUGAGGGACGCCGAGCGCGGACACAGUCGGCGCAACGCACUUGGGGGCUCUGUACAAUCGUAGCCUCGCCGACAUGAUGUAUCAGGGCUUCGCCGACUAUGACGCGGCUUCCUCGCGCUGCAGCAGCGCUUCCCCGGCCGGGGACAGCCUCUCCUACUACCCUUCGCCGGCGGACUCCUUCUCCAGCAUGGGAUCGCCCGCCAACCCCCCGGACUUCUGCACGGAUCUCGCCGCCUCCAGCGCCAACUUCGUCCCCACUGUGACUGCCAUCUCCACGAGCCCCGAUCUGCAGUGGCUGGUGCAGCCCACCCUGAUUUCGUCCGUGGCCCCGUCGCAGACGCGGGCUCAUCCCUACGGGGUCCCUGCUGCUCCCGCCGGCGCCUACUCCAGGCCGGCCCCGGCCCCGAUCCCGGCCGAGCCGCCCAAGGCCAGCGGGCUGGAGCUGAAGGCCGAGCCCUUCGACGAAUUCCUCUUCCCGCACUCGUCCCGCGAGACCGCCCGCUCCGUGCCCGACAUGGACCUGGCCGGCUCCUCGGCCUUCUACGCGGCGGACUGGGAGGCGCUGGGCGCCGGCGCCGGCGGGGAGCUGGAGCCGCUCUGCACGCCCGUGGUGACCUGCACGCCCUGCCCCAGCGCCUACACCUCCACCUUCGUAUUUACCUACCCCGAGGCCGACGCCUUCCCCAGCUGUGCGGCCGCGCACCGGAAGGGCAGCAGCAGCAACGAGCCCUCCUCCGACUCGCUCAGCUCCCCCACGCUGCUGGCCUUGUGAGGGCCGGGCCCAGGGCACGGACUCCGCGGAUCCCAGCCCCCUGCUGUUGCUGCUCGAGGGGGGCCUCUGCCCGCUGAAGGAGCCUCCCUCCCGACCCCGAGCUGGGCAGGGGCAGCCCGGACCUGCGCUCAAGGACUUUGCGGGGUGCUGCCCGGGGAGGCCUCGCACCUCUUCCAGAGAUGUAGCAAAUCAAUCGCAUGGAGUUCGUCUUGUCCCCAGUGCCCCAUCCAUGAGAGCUGGUAGUCUGUAGCAUGUCCAACAUGGCUGGGUUGGUGACUUUUUUCCCCCUUCCCUCCUUAGUAUCACUAGCAUUAAUUAAUGAAUAGCUCUUUGGUUUCAUGACUUGGAAUUUAACCUGGUGCUGGGUAUCUCCAACUCGUUAUCUAGUGCAGCUGAUCUAACUAACUACUGUGUUCCUGGCAAUAUCGUGUUCUGAUGACUUAGCAAUGACCCAUCUUAACUUGGGGGGGGGGGCAAAAGAGACUCUCCUUUAUUUUCUAGUAGGUAGAUAGAUGGCUAUGUCCAUGUACUGUAGUUCAACAUCAGUGUUCAUCGUUCUCUUACUGAUCAUGCAUUGUCCAGGUGGUCUGAAUGUUCUGACAUAAGUUUUCCAUGAAAACGUUUUUAUUGUGCAUUUAAUUUAUUUAUGAAGAUGGAUUCUCAGAUAUUUAUAUUUUUAUUUUAUUUUUUUCUACCUUGAGGUCUUUUUUGGACGUGUGGAAAGUGAACUUGGAUGAAACUCUUAAGCAUUGUUUGCUUAUUAUUGUUCGGAGACAUUGUCAAUAAAAAGCAUUUAAGUCAAAUG